AUGGGUAGGGGGCAGAGACGAAGGAAGACAAAACGAUUGGAGGCUCACCAGCAACAGGAGGAGGAGCAGUAUCGCCAGGUACAGCAAAGACUACAUCAACUAAGGCAAGAGGCGCAAAAGCAGGAGCAUACAUCAAAGCAACAACAGAAUCAACACCAAAGAAAGCACAAGGGUCCAUUUUCAAAGGCAUACACGCGGCCACAAUACAACCCCAAGAAUCGCCCAGAAUGGUUCUUUCGUCACAUGGAAUGGCUAGCUUGGUCGGUCGAGGAUCACGGUCGCAGAGCCUUUGCAGAAGAUCUUUCUGACAUUGAGCCCUCAAACGGGGAGUGUACUUACGAAGAAGAUGGUUCUGAUUGUGAGUGUGAGACGCCCAUCUGGCGAGAGUACACGGGCGAUGACGAAGAAGAAAGGCUUUUCCGCGAAGCAAAAUACCAACGAGCGAUGUUCAAGCGCGAAUGGCUUCCCGAAACCAGUAAACAUUACAAGAUUGAAGAAAAGAUGAGGAUGGAACGUAUGGCCCGGCAAAAUAAUGACAAACUCAAGAGAGUCAAGUUGGCCAUCGACGCUCUGAUACGAAACGGAACGAGAGACGAAGCAAAACCUCUCUACUACAUGAGCCGUAACAUUUUAUCGCAGUUCGACUUGCUUUCCGAGGACUACGCAGCUCCCUUGGAUCCAGAUGGUAUUCGAGUGUCUAGGAUAAUCGACUUCACCGACAUGAACUCAGUCCGCGCCAUGAAAUACCCGUCGCUCAGAGGAACAACGGAAUUGAAGGUUGACAGGGUCUUGUCAGGGGGUCUAGCCAUAGAUUGCGCAGAAGACCCUGACGAUGACAUCCGACUGGAUUUUGUUUCAUUUAAGUGCCCUCAAAGAACAGGAACUUACAAGAUCCCCACGGAUAGAAAGGAUGGGGCUCGGGAGUUGAAUAUUGAAUUCCUCAGCGAUGACUACAUCAUACUGGAUGUCCAUCCUGAUGCGGUCUUCCGCGACCAGAGCGGCAAAAAGCUACCCAAUUGGCCAAAAGCGCCGCUGGCUCAGUAUCGAUUUUACGGCAUCAACAGGGCGUUGAGCGGGGAUCCGUCUUGUUAUAGAUGA